AAGACUAGACGAAGAAUGGUUGACAACUUUCCAUUCUCAGGAGACAAAGGGCCUCUUUUUCGCAUUCGGAUCUCGAGCUGGGUUCCACUGGCAGCGCUUGUGGCAAAGGGUGUAUUGUAUUAUUUAUCGGCAGCAAGGAUGUUGCGGAGAUCUGUGCAAAAGCUUUUGCUGCCUGGUAGAAGCAUUUCCAAAAUGCUGAACAACUGUCGACCAAUCGCAACUUCUGCUACUAUGCUUCAAAAACAUCCUGAAGCUCCACAGAAGAAGUUGUUUACACCUGGCCCACUUGGUGUGAGCUAUGAAACAAAGGCAGCUAUGCUUCAAGAUCUUGGAUCAAGAGAUGUCCAGUUUAUGAAUACUGUGAAGUUUAUCAGAAGUAGACUUCUAGAACUUGCUUGUGUAAGCCCAGAUACAUUUGCUACAAUACCAGUACAAGGAAGUGGAACAUAUGCAGUGGAAGCUGUUCUUAGCACAGUUGUUCCUAGAAAGAAUGGUAAAGUGCUAAUUCUUGUUAAUGGUGCAUAUGGCAGAAGAAUGAUCCAGAUAGUAGACUAUAUGCAGUGUGACAAGAUUAUACUUGAAGGGGCUGAACAUAACAAGGCAGAUGUAAAUGAAGUUCGUAAAAUUCUUCAGGAGAAUCCAGAUGUAACAACUGUUAGCAUGGUUCAUUGCGAAACAAGUUCUGGUGUCAUCCAUCCAGUUGAAGAAGUGGGCAAGGCCAUUUCUGAAAUAAGUCCUAAUGCCAUCUUUUUUGUUGAUGCCAUGAGUAGUUUUGGCGGCAUUCCAUUAGAUCUCAAUGAAGCCAAAAUUGAUUUCAUGGUGAGUUCUGCAAAUAAAUGCAUUGAGGGCGUUCCUGGCUUUUCAUAUGCAAUUGGAAACAUUGAAAAAUUGAUGAAGUGUAAAGGAUUCGCCCGAAGCCUUAGUCUCGAUCUUGUUGAGCAGUAUGACAGUUUAGAAAAAACCGGUCAGUUUAGAUUCACACCACCUACCCAUGCAAUGCUUGCAUUCAAGAAAGCUCUUCAAGAGUUGGAAGAGGAGGGUCAAAUUCCUGGUCGCUCUGCAAGAUAUCAGAAAAAUCGCGAAGUUCUUCGCCACGGUAUGAGAGAAAUGGGGUUCAAAGAGUUUCUUGAUGAUAGCCACAAAGGGUAUAUCAUAACCUCUUAUUUCUUCCCAGAAGAUAAGAGCUUUGAUUUUAAACAGUUCUAUCAGAAACUAAGUGACAAAGGACAAGUAAUAUACCCAGGAAAAGUCACCAAAGCAGACUGUUUUAGAAUUGGCAACAUUGGGCAUCUGUUUCCAUCUGAUAUGGAGUAUUUGCUGACUUGCAUAAAGGAGGUAUGCGCGGAAAUGAAUGUAAAGUUGCCAAUUCAGUCAUAACUUAUCGGCUGUUUUUGUUUAAUAAAGUGAAUGCAAGUAUAUGAAAGAGAAUAUUUUCAUAAUAGUAAGAACAUGACAGACAUAUAGAAUAUAAUACGUCUUUGGAUUAUAAUAUUUUUGCAUCAAGUAUCAAGACUGGUAUGUCUUGAAAUAUUAUCUAAAAAAUUGAUGUUGGGGAUUACUUGUAGAGAGAUGCCAUUGUCUAAAUAAUUGGACUGUAUUUUUUAGCCCAUGUUUUAACCUAUUGACAAGUUUUCCUUAUCUCUAUACCUGUUUUAGAUAUAUUGAUUAUAUGUAGAUGAGAAUAAUCAAAUACACAUUUAGUACCACAAAGUUUGAAAAUUUCUAGAUAAUCGAAACCAUAUUAUCCCGGUAUGAUUUUCUCCGCUUUUCUGUGCUAUUUUAAGUUAUAUGAGAAUUUUGAGAAUUUGCUUAGAAUCAAGUUUGGUAUACUGUUGUGUUGUAUUAAGUUAAUUUGGAUGACAAGGUAGCAUUGUAUUUUAAUAAAAAAAAUUUUCAAAAUUUUAAAAAA